GCGGCGGCGGCAGGAGCCCGGCGCGAUCCGCUAGGUCCCAGCCCCGCGCAGAGCGAGCAAGCGACGCGGAGGUGUCCGGCCUCAACCGGCCCGAGAGAACCGCGCAGAAACUCGGGCCGCGACGCCUGGGGCCGCCCGCGCCGCGCUGACAGCCGCGCCCGCGUCCUCCCCGCCGGGGCGCUCGCCGGACAUGCCCCCGGGGGGCGGCGGCGGGGACCCCGGGGCUUGCCUCCGCCCAGGGCCCCCCGCCCCGCCCUCGGGCGCCCCGGGCCCCCGCUGAGCACGCCUCCCGCACUCUCGGAUCCCUCUGGCCGGCGCGCAGACGGGCCCCAGCGCUGUCGGUCCCCGCGGGGCGAUGGGCUGAUGGGCACCGCGGGGCGCAGGAUGCGGGCGGCGCCCGCGCGCCUGCUGCUGCAGCUGCUACCCUGGCUGCUGCUCUUGGUGCCCGGGACCUGGGGCGCGCCCGGCUGCCCGGUCCCCAUCCGCAGCUGCAAGUGCUCGGGGGAGCGGCCCAAGGGGCUAAGCGGCGGCUCAUCCAACCCGGCACGCAGGAGGGUGGUGUGCGGCGGCGGGGACCUCCCGGAGCCUCCGGAGCCCGGCCUUCUGCCUAACAGCACCGUUACCCUGCUCUUGAGCAACAACAAGAUCACUGGGCUCCGGAAUGGAUCCUUCCUGGGACUGUCCCUGCUGGAAAAACUGAACCAGGAGGCCUUGCAGCCCAAGAGUGGGGGACUCCAUUGGACUAUCGGCUUGAGAGAGGACCCAGGACUGGCUAGUUGGGGUCAGCAGGCCAACUCUGCAGCCUCAGUCACCCCGGAAGCCACUCUGGACCUGAGGAACAAUGUCAUCAGCACAGUACAGCCGGGCGCCUUCCUGGGUCUAGGGGAGCUGAAGCGCUUAGAUCUCUCCAAUAACCGGAUCGGCUGUAUCUCCUCUGAGACCUUCCAGGGCAUCCCCAAGCUCCUCCGGCUAAACAUAUCUGGAAACAUCUUCUCCAGACUGCAGCCUGGAGUCUUUGAUGAGCUGCCAGCCCUUAAGGUGGUGGACUUCGGCACAGAGUUCCUGACAUGUGACUGCCGCCUGCACUGGCUGCUGCCCUGGGCCCGGAAUCGCUCCCUGCAGCUGUCAGAGCGCACACUCUGCGCCUACCCCAGCGCCCUGCGAGCCCAGGCCCUGGGUGGCCUCCAGGAGGCCCAGCUGCGCUGCGAGGGGGCCCUGGAACUGCACACACACCACCUCAUCCCGUCUCUCCGCCAAGUGGUCUUCCAGGGUGAUCGGCUGCCCUUCCAGUGCUCAGCCGGUUACCUGGGCAAUGACACCCGCAUCCGCUGGUACCAUAACCGGGCCCCUGUGGAGGGAGACGAGCAGGCCGGCAUCCUCCUGGCUGACAGCCUCAUCCACGACUGCACCUUCAUCACCAGUGAGCUGACCGUGUCUCACAUCGGCGUGUGGGCCUCAGGCGAAUGGGAGUGCUCCGUGUCCACGGUCCAGGGAAACGCCAGCAAGAAGGUGGAGAUCGUGGUGCUGGAGACCUCGGCCUCCUAUUGCCCCGCUGAGCGCGUCGCCAACAACCGCGGGGACUUCAGGUGGCCUCGAACCCUGGCAGGCAUCACAGCCUACCAGUCCUGCCUGCAGUACCCCUUCACCUCAGUGCCUCUGAGUGGGGGCGCUCCGGGCACCCGAGCCUCCCGCCGCUGUGACCGAGCCGGCCGCUGGGAGCCAGGGGACUACUCCCACUGCCUGUACACCAACGACAUCACCCGGGUGCUCUACACCUUCGUGCUGAUGCCCAUCAAUGCCUCCAAUGCGCUGACCCUGGCUCACCAGCUUCGAGUGUACACAGCCGAGGCCGCCAGCUUCUCUGAUAUGAUGGAUGUUGUCUACGUGGCUCAGAUGAUCCAGAAGUUUCUGGGUUACGUUGACCAGAUCAAAGAGCUGGUGGAGGUGAUGGUGGACAUGGCCAGUAACCUGAUGCUGGUAGACGAGCACCUGCUAUGGCUGGCCCAGCGCGAGGACAAGGCCUGCAGUGGCAUCGUGGGUUCCCUGGAGCGCAUCGGGGAGGCCGCCUUGAGCCCCCAUGCCCAGCACAUCUCCGUGAACUCGAGGAACGUGGCCUUGGAGGCCUAUCUCAUCAAGCCGCACAGCUACGUGGGCCUGACCUGCACAGCCUUCCAGAGGAGGGAGGCAGGGGCGCCCGGUGCCCGGCCCGAGGGCCCUGGCCAAAAUCCCUCACCUGAGCUGGAGCCCGUGGCCGACCAGCAACUCCGCUUCCGCUGCACCACCGGGAGGCCCAAUGUUUCUCUGUCAUCUUUCCACAUCAAGAACAGCGUGGCCCUGGCCUCCAUCCAGCUGCCGCCCAGUCUGUUCUCGUCCCUCCCGGCCGCCCUGACACCCCCAGUUCCCCCAGACUGCACCCUGCAGCUGCUUGUCUUCCGAAAUGGCCGCCUCUUCCGCAGCCACGGCAACACUUCCCGCCCCGGAGCCGCUGGACCUGGCAAGAGGCGUGGUGUGGCCACCCCUGUCAUCUUUGCGGGGACCAGUGGCUGCGGCGUGGGAAACCUGACAGAACCGGUGGCCGUCUCGCUGCGGCACUGGGCUGAGGGGGCUGAGCCUGUGGCAGCUUGGUGGAACCAGGAGGGGCCAGGGGGGCCCGGGGGCUGGAGCUCCGAGGGCUGCCAGCUCCGCUCCAGCCAGCCCAACGUCAGCUCCUUGCACUGCCAGCACCUGGGCAAUGUGGCUGUGCUCAUGGAACUGAGUACCUUCCCCAGGGAGGUGGGGGGCUCAGGGGCAGGGCUGCACCCCGUCGUGUACCCAUGCACCGCCCUGCUGCUGCUCUGCCUCUUCUCCACCAUCAUCACCUACAUCCUCAACCACAGCUCCAUCCAUGUGUCCCGGAAGGGCUGGCACAUGCUGCUGAACCUGUGCUUCCACAUGGCCAUGACCUCCGCUGUCUUUGCCGGAGGCAUCACACUCACCAACUACCAGAUUGUCUGCCAGGCGGUGGGUAUCACCCUGCACUACUCUUCACUGUCCACACUGCUCUGGAUGGGUGUGAAGGCCCGUGUCCUCCACAAGGAGCUCACCUGGAGGGCACCCCCUCCACAAGAAGGGGACACUGCCGUGCCUGCCCCACGACCCAUGCUCCGGUUCUAUUUGAUCGCGGGAGGGAUCCCACUCAUUAUCUGUGGCAUCACUGCUGCUGUCAACAUCCACAACUACAGGGACCACAGCCCCUACUGCUGGCUGGUGUGGCGUCCAAGCCUAGGAGCCUUCUACAUCCCGGUGGCUUUGAUUCUGCUCAUCACUUGGAUCUAUUUCCUGUGCGCAGGGCUGCGCUUACGGGGUCCUCUGGCCCAGAGCCCCAAGGGGGGAACCAGCAGGGUCUCCCUGGAGCCAGGGGAGGAGCUGAGGGGCUCCACCAGGCUCAGGAGCAGCGGCCCCCUCCUGAGCGACUCAGGUUCCCUUCUGGCCGCUGGGAGCGCAGGAGUGGCGACGCCCGGGCCCCCGGAGGAUGGUGACGGCCUCUAUUCUCCGGGAGUCCAGUUGGGGGCGCUGGUGACCACUCAUUUCCUGUACCUGGCCAUGUGGGCCUGUGGGGCCUUGACCGUAUCCCAGCGCUGGCUACCCCGGGUGGUGUGCAGUUGUCUGUACGGGGUGGCGGCCUCUGCCCUGGGCCUCUUCGUCUUCACCCACCACUGUGCCAGGCGCAGGGACGUCAGGGCCUCCUGGCGCGCCUGCUGUCCCCCUGCCUCGGCCUCUCGCGCCUCCCCGCGGGCCGCUCCCGCCGCCGCCGAAGACGGGUCCCCGACGUUCGGAGAAGGGCCCCCGUCCCUCAAGUCGUCCCCGAGCAGCAGCAGCGGCCACGCGCCACCUCCGGGCCCCUGCAAGCUCACCAACCUGCAGCUGGCGCAGAGCCAGGCGUGCGAGGCGGGAUCGGCGGCCCGCGGGGAGGGGGAGCCCGAGCCUCCGGGCCCCCGGGGGGCCCUCGGCCCGCGGCAUCCCAACAACUUGCACCACGGUCGCCGGGGCCACAAGAGCCGGGCCAAGGGGCACCGCGCGGGGGAGGCCGGCGGCAAGAACCGGCUCAGGGCGCUGCGGGGGGGCGCAGCGGGAGCGGCCGAGCUGCUGUCCAGCGAGAGUGGCAGCCUGCACAACAGCCCGAGCGACAGCUACCCGGGCAGCGGCCGCAACAGCCCGGGCGCCGGACCCCGGCCCGAGGGCGAGCCCAUGCUCACGCCGUCGGAAGGCAGCGACACCAGCGCCGCGCCCCUCUCCGAGCCCGGCCGGCCGGGCCAGCGCCGCUGCUCUAGCCGCGACAACCUCAAGGGCGGCGGGGCCGGCGCGCUGGAGAAGGAGAGCAAGCGCCGCUCGUACCCGCUCAACACAGCCAGCCUGAAUGGCGCCCCGAAGGGCGGCAAAUACGACGACAUCACCUUGACCGGCGCGGAGGCGGCCGGGAGCGGCUGUAUGAAGACUGGCCUCUGGAAGAGCGAGACCACGGUCUAGGGUGGGGGCGGGCGCCGCUUUAGGAUGCGCUGGCCGCGUGGGCUUGUGACCCCGCUUCUCGGGGGCCCUCAAAGACGUCUAUCGGUACGUCCCCAGGUUUGAGGGAGAGGUGCCUCAGUAGCUUUAGUCCUGGAGGCUGGGGAAGGGAUAGGCAGAGGCCCGUCUCUACUAAGAGGUCCAUCCCUCCGGGUGUAGCGACUGACAAUCCCAGAACCGCUGGCAGGAUAUAUUUCCGUCCCAUAUAGGGUUGGGGUGAAGGUCCUGUCCGUCUGUGAAGUGACUGAGAGUGGAAGGGACGGCACAACUCAGGCGGGCUCCUCCUAAGGUACCCCCUGCGCCUGCCCACAUCACCUCACUCGUGGCCAUCAGCCUCAUCAGGAGAACGCAGACAGCGGGAGCUUGGGGAGGGCAUUCUCACUGCCCUUCACUAAAGCCCCCAUCCUAGGCCUCUCUCCCACCCAGUUUUUUGGCUAAUUAGGGAGCCAAUCUAGCAGAUGAGCCAGGUGACCAGGACCAAUGGGAGGGAAACAGGUGCUGCUUUUCGAAUUAACUAUGCAAGAGAGGGCGGGAGGAUGUGAAAGGCAGCUGUGGGGAUCAGUCAGCUCUGAGGACGGGUGGGCACAAUUAGGGCCGAACACCACUGCCAGGCUGCAGGUGGUACAGAAAGCACUUACUGUUCAGUUGUGGGACCCACACUCCCAGCCCCAGCCUCCCAGGCACUGAGGGGGCACACUCCCUGCCUUCAGGAAGCCACGCUGGAGAAUCAUUCCUGAGACCUGACCUUUAGCUCCAUAUUAGGGAGAAAUCUCCAAAACAUCAAAGCAGCUUCCUCCCUCACAGGAGCCCAAGCCAGUUCCCCGAGGCAGUAUGUGGGGCUUCUGCUGCUCACCUGGGGCCUGAGCCUCUGCUACUUUUAAACACCAGCACUCCUUAGUAUUUUCCCCCAACCUAAAAGGCAACCUUUGAUUAUAGGACCCAUGGAGAGCAGAGGGAACCUUGGGUGCUGUGAAGAGCAACAGGGAAACCAGGCCUGGGGCAGGUCCCCUCCCAACCCCCAGGUCACCCCAGCCUGGUCACCAAAGUGAGAGAAGACUGAG